AUGGUCGGCGGGACCUCCAGCCCGCGGCAGGGCCCGAAGCAUCGCCCGAAGGCGCCGGACUCUGAACAAAGAGCCGGGGCCCGCCAGGAGGGGCUGCCCCACGCGGGGGACAUGGGGGGACAGGGGGGCCACGCAGCCAGCAGCGUCCUGUCGGGGACAAAGCAGCCCCCCGACUGUCCCCCUCCCCCCAGGCUGCCGUCCAGGCGCGUCCCCCCACCAGAGCCGCGGGAAAGAGGCGCUGUGCCCCACAGCGGGCUGUCACAGGAGGCUGGCAGCGUGGAGCAGCUGUCCCUGCACUGUGCCGAGGGCUCGCUGGAAUGGCUGUACCCCACGGGCGCCCUUCGCCUCCGCCUGGCCCCCCGCCUGCCCCCCACCACCCACUGGCUGGCCCGGCCGGCGCUGCCCGCCGCCAGCCCCAGCGCUGAAGGUGCGUGCCGGCCGUGCAAUGACACCGAGAUCCUGAUGGCCAUUUGCACUAGUGACUUUGUGAUCCGCGGCAGCAUCCGCAGCGUCUCCAACGACGCCGAGCUGCAGGAAUCCAUCAUCGGGGUGAGCGCCACCCGCAUCCACCGGCAGAAAUUCCCGCUCUUCCGGGCGGGCGGAGAUCGGAAGAGCGGGGGGCUGCAGCCCUUUGUGCCCUUCUGA